AUGAUGGACGGAAAUGAUAUGCGUAUGAAAAUGUUUUUUGAUGAAUAUCGCAAAUUUUUGGCUGUUUUUGAUGAUAUUUUAUCAAUGAGGGUGAGCUUGAUUUUGGAAACUUUUAUAAAAAUUAAAAAAAAAAUUCAGGAAUCAAUGUCUCGCCUGGAAAAAUAUAUGAUUAUUAUGGUUUGUCAAGUUACAGUCGCUUUAGCGGUGAGUUUUAGUUUCAAAAAUUACAAGUUUAAAUUUAGGUCAGGGGUAAAUCAUGAGAGCACACAGUUCUCAGAUCCACGUUUAGAACUUUGACUCAAAAUGAUUAAACAAAUUAAAAAUUGAUGAAAUGGAAUAUUCUUAUUCUCCUCAUUUUUUUCAUUUUUCAAAAAAAAAAUAUUUCCAAAGAAACCUUUCCCCCUUCCCUGUCUCCCGACGACGAAAAAAAACAUAUAAAAAAUGAUGAGAUUUUUUGCUUAUAAAUUUGCUCUAAAUUUGCUCUCAGAACGUUUUUGCACUAAAAAUAAAAGCAAAUGUAUAAUAAUAAUUGGCAGUUAAUAUUUUCCCAACCAAAAAAGAUUAAACCUGCCAAUUACUUAUACUAGUUUUAUUCAAUUUUGGGCUGUUGGCAUGGUGGCUUUAGCUGAUAAAUUUGAGAAACUCACACGAGCUAGGGAAAUUUAUUUGGAUCAAUUUUUUUUUGAAAAAAGGUGAUGGCCAAUAAAUAUAUUUUUUGUGACAUGAAAAAGUGCAUUAGUCAUUCAUUCCUGCAUUUUUUUGUGCUUUUUGGAAAAUGAGAAGAAGAUGAAGAAUAAGAAAAAGCACAAAAAAAGAAGUUUGUCAAAGGAGCAGUCGAGUAGAAACAACAAAUAAUGCAUUUUACACAUAGAGUUUGGGAUUAUAUUUAUUUAUUUAUAUACUUGCUUUUUUGGAAAGUACUUUAGGGAUAUUUGAGAUCUGGAAAAGAUAUAAAUCAUAGGUUUUAAAGGAGUUGGGUUGGUGAGCAAUGGAAAUGGAAAUGGAACUGAAUUUUCGAAUUUUCAACGAGAUCUAUUGGAAAAAGUUUCAGAUUUUAUAGAUCAUAAAUAUAUGUGAACCUAAAAAAUUUUUUCUGUUAAUCCGUUUUUAUUUUUCCACAAAAUUUUAAGUGAUUUACAAAAUUAACUUCUAAAUUUAGAUGAAAUUAAAAUAAAUCUCAAAUUAUCAAACGGUGUAAAUCUCAAUUUUGAGAUCCUAAAAUUAGGUUGUCCAAAAAAUAAUCUCAAAGAAAAAUGAAAAAAAUGUAAUAAAUCAAAGUUUAUUACAGAAAGUCUAGGGAUAAACAAUAUCUAACACAUGAGUUUUUAAAAAUAUUAAAUAAAUUUACUGUUUCAAAAAUUUAAUAACUAAAAAUUUGGUUAGAAUUUAUGAUUGGAUGCGUCAUAUUUUUUCGUGUACCCAGAACAUUUCCUUGAUCAUCACUAGAUUAUAUUUCUCUCUGAAAUUUUACAUAUGUAUGUGUAAUAAUGCACUUGUCAAUUAUUAUUAUUAUUAUAUUUCGCACAUUUGUUUUGUUUGUCACUUUUCUCAUUAAUCAUCAAACAUUUGCGGUUUUUGUUACACAUUUUGUGUUUUCUUUCAAAACUUCUCCGUGAGUGUUUCAAAAAAUGAUCCGGGUUUAUUUUUGCUGCUCAUAGUAGUCACAAUUAAUCAACUCUUCUUUCUAAAAACAUAAUGUUCGUGUGGUUGAAAUGAGGACGAAUUAAUCAGAAUUGAAGAUUAGCAAAAAAAGCGGAGAAAAUGAUAGAUUGUGUUAGAAUACUAAUUGAAAUUAACUAGAACUCGUGUUCUUUUCCAACAUGGAACAAGAAAUUUCUAUUUCAGGGUGGCGUCAUUUUUAUGUGCUUUCGGUUUUUUCACACCCAAAAACAGCGGGGCGAGUACGAAUUGGAACACAGAUUCGAACGUGGUCCGUCUGGUCGGGUGCCGGCCGCUCAAGCACUCUCACAUCACAAAAUCAACAAAUCUGGACCACCACCUUGAGGAGGAUGAAGAUUAUGAUAAUUGUUCACAGCCCGAAUCAUGUCCUUCUUUAGUGUCAGGUUAGGCGCACAUCUAACUACGACGAUUACUGUAGUUUCAGAAACGAAUCUAGAAAAUUCCGAAUUCAAAUUGCAAAAAGUAUUAGGAAUGUUUUAGAAGAUAAAAAUGUUUCUAUAUUUUUUCGGCCAAAAAAAUUAGGUCCCAACACAUUUCGAACUUUGUUUAAGUAGAAUUAUUAUUUUUUUUUAAUUUUCAAAACCCGUUUUAUUCCAGGCCCAUCAACCUUUCUCCAUUUUCCUUCAACCCCUCCACCAUCAAUUUUCCCAACAACUUCAACAAAUUCUUCAUAUUCAUCUUCACGAUCCAAAAAAUUGCAUCGAAAAAGAUCUCAUUCUCUAAAUUCUUCCACAAUUUCAUUUUCAACAACUCAAUUUUUGCCACGUAGUCGAUCUUAUUCAUCAAUUCCAACAAUUGAUAGAACAAUCAGUGAAGAUUCGAUGCUAAUUAUCAAAAAAUUGUAG